CGAGUAAUAACGGUGUCGUCCAAUACACAUAAAUUAGCGACAAUUAACUUUGAAAACAUAAACCUAAGGAACGGUGUCUAUAAUGGUUUGACGGCAUACACUCAGAGCAAACUGUCCAAUGUACUAUUCACACGAGAACUGGCCCGAAGGUUGGGUCCCAACAGCACUGUCAACACAUAUGUCUUACACCCGGGAACUAUCAAAACUGAAGUGUCCCGUAAUAUGGAGAGUGGGAAAGCCGUGUACGAUAUGUUCACCACUUUAUUCUACUUAAGACCAGACAUGGGAUGUCAGACAACGCUGUAUUGCGCUCUCGAGGAAAGUCUCGACAAUGAAUCCGGAUUUUUCUAUAAUAACUGCCGGCGCGACGAGUUGUGGGACAACGGAAAGGAUGAUAAAAGCGCUAAACUGUUGUGGGAUUUGAGCGCAGAUUUAGUGAAACUAGAAAAUCAUCUCAGGAUUGCUGAUCGCAAA